AUUUUGUCAGUUCUAUAACAGACUAUAGCCCUAUUUACACUACACAAAACUAACCCGGGUUCGACCCGGGUUAGUUUUGGAUUGGAGUGUAAGCACUGAUCUGAGACGAAACAGGGUCAAUAACAGAACGCAUGCGUAGUAGUAGAUUCAUCAAAGUAAAAUAUGGCGGACAAAGCAAAUCAUCAACUUUUAGGCGCGCAGUUUUGUCGAGGUAUUUUCAUGCUGAAAAUCAUGGCUCUGGCAGUACAAUAUUUUUUUAAAAGAAGAACUGUAAGGAGAAGAAGAUGGGGAGAGAGACAGAGAAUUUCUGCUCAGCGUCGUAUAAAUAGUUAUCUGACAUCGAGGGCAAGACUUGUUAAACGUACGAUUAACAAUUUAACUUUUGAGUUUUCGAGACCUCAAGAAAUAUCAAGAUCUGUUUGGGUAAAACCCAGAAGCGAUAAUUGGUGGGAUCUUAUUGUGGGACAGACCUUCAAUGAUGAAGACUGGAGAAAAAACUUUAGAAUGGGGAAAUCAACAUUCAACUUCCUCUGUCAAAAGCUUUCCCCAUUCAUGAGCAAAGAAGACACUCAUCUAAGGCAAGCUAUCCCUGUUAGAAAACGAGUUGGUGUGGCUCUUUAGAGACUAGCAACAAAUUCAGAUUACCGAACCAUUGGUCAUCUGUUUGGCAUAUCCGACGCAAGUGUGUGUCACAUCACUCAAGAAUUCUGUUCUUCAGUUGUGAAUAAUAUGCUUCAAGACUAUAUAAAAAUCCCUGUUGGUGAAGAGCUUGACAAAGUGGUUGCAGAAUUUAAACACAAGUGGGGCUUUCCACAAUGUGUUGGUGCAAUUGAUGGCUCGCACAUUCCUGUCAAAGCCCCAAUAGAAUUCCAUGCUGAUUACUACAACCGUAAGGGCUGGUAUUCUAUUAUUCUUCAAGGAGCUGUUGACAGCAGAUACAGGUUCAUUGAUAUAAAUGUGGGAUGGCCUGGUAAAGUUCAUGAUGCCAGAGUUUUUUCAAACUCUUCUAUUUUCACAAAAGGUCAAAAUAAAACUUUAUUUCCAAAGGAACAAUUUGCUGACAUAGAUGGUGUUAAAGUACCAUUGUUCAUCACUGCAGAUGCUGCAUAUCCGCUUUUACCAUGGGUGAUGAAACCUUUCUCUGAUAAUGGCAGUCUUGGGCCAGAGAAAAUGCAUUUCAAUUACAGAUUAAGUAGGGCCAGAAUACUUGUGGAAAACGCCUUCGGCAGGUUAAAGGGAAGAUGGAGAUGUUUGUUAAAACAAAAUGAAAAUUGAAAAGAUGAAUACAAUAGUGUUUACUUGUUGUAUAUAACAUAACAUCUGUGAGCUUUUCAACGAAGAAUUCGAUACUGAUUUGUACGAAAAGGAAUCCUCCACUCAACCAACUGGCGGUAAUGACAGUAGAAGCCAAUCAUCACAGGAUGCUGAUUCUAUCAGGAAUGCACUGGUAAAAUAUUGUCAAGAUGUGGAUUUGUAGUAAACUCUUUUAUGAAAAACAACUUUUGUAUAUUUGCUAGUAAGAACUUUUAUCUAUAAAAAACUUUUAAACAUAACUAACAUAACAACUUUAUAUAUCAGCUAACAUUAGAACUUUUAUCUAUUAAAAACUUUAAAAUAUAAAGAGCAUAACAACUUUACUAUACUAACUAACAUAAGAACAACAAACAUCAUUUUAUGGAUUACAAUGGUUAUAUAUACAGUAGAUUGAUAAUAUGUAGUUUUUUGUGUUUAUUCUACAACGAAGUGUAAUGCAUUCCAUCAGAUGGAAGUUCUCCACUACUGGUAGAAGCAGAUGGAUUAGGAUAUUGGCUUCUCUGUUGUUGCUGAAUAUGUUGAAAACCUGGCAUUUGUUGCUGGUAGGCAAAAUUUGGACCACAAUUAAAACUUUCAGCUACUCUCAUAAACAUAUUCCCCAUCAUCUGCAUCAUAUAGAUUUCGUGUUGCUGUUCCUCUUUUCUUCUCUUCUCCUCUCUUUCAUAUUCACGACGUUGCCUCUCUUCUUCCAUUUUAAAAAACCUGUCAUCUGCUACUUGUUGCUGCUUUUGCAUAAUUUUAAAGGCAGUUGACAUGAAUGUCUCAUUCCUGCUUUUUUUUUUUUACUUUUUCCUCUUCUUGAGCUAAGUAUCUUCUCCUUAUUGACAGGAGUUUCCUGAUCUUCUUUGGGCACUGUGGAUGGCUUAGUUAAGGGUGGAGUUCCGUUGCUUGAGGUAGCUGUAGCUGCUGGUGAAGGAGCUGAUGAUGAUGUUGUAGUUAAUGAGCUCUCUUUCUGAUCCUGCUCAACCAAAGAGGCAUUAUUAUCAAAAUCAGGGUCUUCCAGGGCAAACUCAUCAUCAUCGGCAUCACCCUGAAUUGAAGCUUGCUCACUACUCUCGAAUAAAUUUGGAGGCCUAGUUAUGGGCCUAUCUCCCAUAACCCUAUCCAUUUGGUCGAAAUGCUUAAAAGUUUUUCGUGACCUUCCAGAUAAGUUGUUAUUGUGUUUCACAAUUUUUUAUAUGCUUUCUUUAGUUGUUUUAUUUUUUCACUGACUUGCUGGUACGAGCGGGUAAAUCGGCCUUCACUUUCAGCUUCCAACCUCUUCGCGAUCUUCUCAAAGACUGACCUCUUUCGGGAACAAUUGUCUAGCUGUUGCUGUAUUUUUUCGUCUGCCCAUAUACUUAUCAACAUUGAAACCUCAUCAGAAGCCCAAGUCGAUCCUCGAGAAAUAUUUCCUGAACUCAUUUUUUCAAUUUAAACUGUAAAAACCAGUGACGCCCUGACUGUAUCGACUGUCGAGUAAAAACAAGAGAGAGAGCCUUGCUUGGCGCCGUUUUUGUUUUAAACGCGAGUGCGCAUGUUCAUUACAGAAACUAACCCGGGUUCGCCCCAGUUUCCCGCUUAGACUACACUUUCGAAAACUAACCCGGGUUACUUUUAAAACUAACCCACCUCGAGAGGUGGGUUACUUUAACCCGGGUCGAACCCGGGUUAGUUGCAUUUACACUACGAAAAACUAACCCGGGUUAACUUAACCCGGGUCGAACCCGGGUUAGUUUGUGUAGUGUAAAUAGGGCUUAUUUCGUGUUAUGGUUACGGUUUUCUGUGCUUACUUUGGACUUGCGAAGUCAUCUUUUGUUUGUGUCCUGUGGAAAAAAUAGCUUCCAUCACUCCUACGCUUACAACUCACUGUUUAUAAGUUUUGAAUCUUCUCUAGGUUUCUAGGACGGCUCUUUACUCUGUUGUGCGCAGAUAUCUAUAACCAAAGCAUCUUGUAAAUGUGUCGUGACAUUUUCAUACAAGUAAUAAUCUAAUAGGAACUCUAUUGUAAUCCUAUUUUUUUGCUGAUAAAAGAAAACUAUAUAUAUUUCUAAAAAGAGAGAGAAAGCCUUAGUUUCUUAGAUUGUGCAAUAGGUAAUUUAUUCAUAAUGUAUCUCUUUCGUUAGGCGUGAAGCUUGCAAGUAACUUGUAGCGUGUUCCGCCAUUAAAUUAGAGAUUGCCGUCACUUGUCAUCGAGCGAUGUCUGCGGUUUUGUUUAAAGGACAGCAUACAUUUUGAGAUACAGGGUUUUGUGUGUGUUUUUUCGAAAUUACGUCGAAAAGCCAGUGAGAGUCAAUUUGCCCGCGAAGUUUGCUGGGAACCUAGCCUUAGAUUCGGACUCGGAUAUUUUCUUGAAUUAGAAUUUCUUAGGGAAAGUUCAUUUAUUAUACCUAGAGGGGGGGGGGGUGGGGGUCGAAAGUGUAUGGAUUUUAAAAACGGGGGUCACUGAUUUCUUUGGUCACUGGUUUUGUCUCUUCUAUAUAACUUGACCAAGUGUCAAAUCAGACUUCUUGGUCCAACGAGUCUCAUCGGUUUGGGGGUAGUUAUUGGCACGCACAAUCCAGGAGAGCCACGUUUUAUCUAUGCAAUUCAAUGCUUUCACUUUUUCUGAAUUAAUAUUUUCAGCGAAUUCUUUCCCCCCCACUUCCUGACCAGCUUGCAGCUAAUCUCUUGCUCGCAUUCCUUUGACAUUGUCUUUUGCGUUCCUUCCUUCCUUUCCUACUUCCUUCUUUGUUUUUCUGGAGGGUUGUGUGUGUGUGUGUGUGUGUGUGUGUGGGGUUCCUAAAAUAUGGAGGAAGCAUUAGGGGGGCAUGAGAAAUUUUGUUCCUCCUGAAGGGGGGGGGGGGGGGGAAGGGCAACUAAUUUUAUCCCUUACUUUUAUCAAAAUCCUCACGCUUCCCCCCCCUCGGGAUAAUAAAUGAACUUUUCCUUAGAAACACUAUUAAAAAGACACUGUUAGAGAACACCCAAAAAA